AUGCCCACCAACCCAGAAGCAGAUGCUCGUUAUGUGAAAAGAAACUUCUCAACGUUUCAAGUCGCUAACUUUAUUGCGCCGAUGGCUCUCCGGCUCGGCCCACGGCCCCGGAGUGCACGGUGCAGGUCGCCAGAAGAACCUCAGACCCCUACAAACAAAGGUUUCGGAUCGGAAAUUCUCAAGAUAUUUGGUGGCGGCGGUAGUGGUAGCGCCCCUGCCGGUGGGCUGAAGAAGAUGACGCGAGAUGGACAACAGCCCAAACGUCGCGGCCCGAAGCCGGAUAGCAAGCCUGCACUCACCAGGCGACAGGAACUCAAUCGACAGGCCCAGAGGACACAUCGUGAGCGGAAGGAACAAUAUAUGAGAUCACUGGAGACCGAAGUAUCACGGUUACGGGAGGCCUACACCACUGAGAUCGCUGAGGCCACCGCAACGAUUCGGCAACACAAGGAGAUGAUGCAUGCAAUCCGGGAGGAGAACGAUAUUCUGAGGGAAAUCCUCGUCGCCCACGGAAUCCAAUACGAAGUGGAUCUGGAGCGCCGCCGGGCGGAACGCCCACCCAUGGCGUUCCAAUCAAGCCCCGUUACUGUCACUGGUAGCAGCACUGCGUCUCAUACUGCCCCUCUCACCCACUCAGGCAGCAAUCACAAUACGACACCUGCGACGACCAUCUCGUCCGGCAUGAGUCCGCUCGGCAAUGGUAUGGAUCACUCCGACGUGUCACCUUCGAUGGGGUAUAUUCCGCAGCAACAAGUGUACCAGACGGGCGCAGGCGAGCACCCCAUGAGCAUGGAUCAUUCAUCAUGCGCACCAGUCGAUAGCAUGCAACCCAUGCCGGCUGUGCGCGGAGGAGUCUUUGAGAAAGAUCCACAGCUGCAGGUUGACUUCAUCUUAACACUCGAAGGCCCAUGCCGCGAACACACGGACUACCUCUGUCGACGCUCGAUCACCGAGGCCGAUGACGAGGACAUGCCGUUCUCCGGGCACGCCCUGAUGGCAACCUGCCCUCCACCCAGCUAUCUCGCGAAGACAACACCCGAACAACCAUACCCGCACAAGGCACCAGACCUCCCGCACGCAAAUCUCAGCACACUCCUAAAUCUCAGCCGACAGCUCGUGACAGAAGGCCAGAUUACACCCAUCAUGGCACUACAAUGUCUAAAGAAUCACGAGCUGUACCCGACAUUGAGCCGCGAUGACGUCAAAAUCAUCAUCGACACACUCAACACCAAAGUCCGCUGCUACGGCUUCGGCGCCGUGGUCGAGGACUUCGAGUUGAUGGAUUGUCUGAGCAGCGUACUCGGUACGAAGGUCGAUCUCGGCAUGUCUAGAGCCGACGAGUCGAUGUAUGGCUGA